AUGCAAGUUUUUAUUAAAACUCUAAACGGAGAAACAAUUGCUCUUGAAGUCGAAUCAUGUCAUAGCAUUGAAGAUGUUAAAAAAAAGAUUUACAAUAAAGGACACAUUCCCUCUGAUCAACAACGUCUCAUUUUUUCUGGCAGACAAUUGGAAGACGUCCACACCUUAUUUGAUUACGCAAUCUCAAAGGGAUCAACUUUGCAUCUUAAUGCAAGACUCUGCGGUGGGCAUAGCAUGCCUAGUUUUGUUAACUACUUUCAAGAUUUAACCAAAUCUAAGGUGGUUCAACCAUGGGUUAAUGAUGCUCAACCUUGGAGGGUUGCGGUAGGCGGUCUUAAUCUUGAAGGAUAUUGUAAGAAUAAUUCAUGUAAAGCUUACAACCAAGGUCGAGUAGUAAUUCAGUGGGGUUACAAAGACUUUAAUUUUUUUAAUGAUGAGCAUAAAUCCAAAUGCCCGAUUUGCGAUAAGUACGUAACUCCUAUCACCUGCGGAUUUACUAACACUCACUGGAAGUAUGAAGGACAAAAAAAAGUGGAUGGCGAAACCCCCAAAAAUGUUAGUAGUGACUGGAAUUAUGCUCACGAAUUUGGAUAUCUCACAUUCGCGAAUGAGGAAUUGGUUAGGUGGUGGAAUCUCGUGAUUAAAGUAAAGGCUAACUUGUAG